UAGCGCAGAUGUCGAUGAAGUUGUAAGAGACGUAAUGAAUUGGCUUGCACGACCGGACAACACUGCCUGGCUGCUUGUCUUCGACAACGUCGACCGGGAAUACGAUCCAAGCGAUACAGACCCUGAUGCAUACGAUGUGAAGCGCUAUUUUCCAGACGCCGACCACGGUUCCAUCUUAAUCACAACCCGACUAGCUAGGCUAGAGCAGUUAGGUGACUCGCAGCACCUAGGCAAGGUUAAUGAAGUUCAGGCUCAGGCUAUCCUCCAGAGUUGGUAUAAAAAGAAAUACAGCGCAGAGUGAGCGCCUGCUCAAGCUUCUAGAUGGCUUACCGCUAGCAAUCGCACAGGCGGGUGCGUAUCUCCAAGAGAGCGGGGUUGGGCUCGAAAAAUACCUAGCUUUCUACGAACAGCAGUGGCGUGAACUUAUGAAGUCACGAGACUGGGUUAACGCGCCUCUUCAAGAUUAUCCGGAUCGCAGCGUGUGGACCACAUGGGCUAUCUCUUACAAAGCUAUCCAGGACAAGCACCCAGCUACAGCUAACCUCCUCCUUCUGUGGUCCUUCCUUGACAAUAGGGAUCUAUGGUAUGGUUUAUUCUCAGCGGCAUACCAGUAUUCGAAGGUAGCUGAGAAAAUGUUGACGGAUUGGAUUGGAGAUAUUGCAAGGAAUGAGCUUGAGUUUAGCAUGGCGAUGCAAGUUCUGCGUAACUACUCACUGAUUGAACAUACCGAAGAACUGGCAAGCUACGCUACUCAUCCAGUUGUCCACCGAUGGGCGUACCAUUACCAGGGUAAAUGUUUUCAAUCGAAUCUAGCUCGGUUAGCAGUAGGUACAGUCGGAUGGGCUGUAGUGGAUAGUUCAGCUAAGGACUACUCGGCCAUGCAACGUCGACUUCUUCCUCAUGCCCAGGCGUCCUCUCGAUGGGUGUCAACCCAGAUAGGGAGAAGUUCUAGAAGUCAGAGGGAUUGUGGAAUGGACAGGAGUAGGAGUGAAGAGAAGGCAGUGAUACUAGUGGCCAUCCGCCGGCUUGGCCGUCUCUACAUGGACCAAGGAAAGCUGAACGAGGCGGAGAAGAUGUACGAACAGGCGCUACGAGGGUAUCAAAGGGCACUUGGUCCUAAGCACAGGUCGACACUCCACGCAGUUAAUAAUUUAGGCCUUCUCUUCGCCAACCAAGGAAAGCUAGAUGUGGCAAAGAAGAUGUACGAGCAGGCGCUACAAGGGUAUGAGGAGGCACUUGGUCCUAAGCACACGUCGACACUCCACACAGUUAGUAAUAUUACUAGGCCUCCUCUUCGCGAACCAAGGAAAGCUAGAGGAGGCAGAGAAGAUGUACGAGCGGGCACUGCGAGGGUAUGAGGAGGCACUUGGUCCUAAGCACAUAUCAACGCUAAAUUCAGUACACUGUUUUGCAAUCCUGUACACGGACUUGGGAAGGUUAGAUGAAGCGGAGAAGAUGUACAAGCGGGCACUGCGAGGGUAUGAGGAGGCGCUUGGUCCUAAGCACACGUCGACACUCCACACAGUUAAUAAUCUAGGCAAUCUCUUCGCGAACCAAGGAAAGCUAGGCAAGGCAGAGAAGAUGUA